GGCGGCGCAGUUUACUGCGCUGCCGCUUGUUCUCUUGGCCCGCCGCCGUGGCCCUGCUCGAGCGUACUCGCGCAGGCCGUGCAGGGCCGGCUGGCGGCAUUUUUGCGCUCCGCGUGCACGAUGCGUUUCGCAGUGCGUCUCGCAUUCACUCGUCGUCGCAGGCGAAGCAAUGCGCGCCGCGAAGGCGCUUGCCCAGUAGGCUCCACAAUGUUUUGGAUAAAGUUUGUGCCCUAGAGAGUGCCGUGGACGAGGGGGAAUGCCGGCGAGCACGUUGGGCCGCCGUCGUCGCUUGUUCUCGGCGUCUCUGGCCAUCGGGAGUGGAAGAACCGUGGGGUGGUGGUGCAUGGAAGCCUAAAGCAGCCUGACUGAGUGCCAAGAUGAUGGAGGCAGCGACCCACUUUGUGGAAGUGGUGCCCGAGGACAUGCAGACCCUGGGCACCGAGGAGGAGAUGCUGCCUCCUGUGUCGGCAUCGGUUGUCUCAUCAUCCUCAAUUAUCAACAUGAACACCCUUAUCUACUCACAGGGUCCCGAUGGGAUUAUCAUGGAGGGUGAUGAAAUAGGACCUGAUAUUGUGGGUGAGAUUGUGACUGAUGACAGCCCUGACAUGAAAGUGCUGCCUACCAACCAAGUUAUUCACAUGGACUUGGCCCGAGAAAAGCACCAGGAGACGCUGAGUGGGCUGGAGAGCCUGGAGGGCCAAGGGUUCAUGAAGGGCCAUGCCCUGCACUCGCCAGUGAGCCAGAUGCUGCUGCAGGAAGGCGAGGCCAACGGGGAGAUCAUCCUGGUGCCAAACUCGAUGAUUAAACAGGAGGACAUCAUUGAAGGGGGCGAGGUAGUGGUGGGCCCAUCGCCCGACAUGGCCGUCGAGGAGGCCCUGUUUGAGCCCACUCUGGAAGAAGAGUGCCGCGCUCUGGCCCCCAUCGAAGAGGUGGGCUAUGAGUGCCAAGACUGUGGUGCUGUGCUCAAGAGCCGCAGUGCGUUCAAGAAGCACGCCCGCAUGCACCACGGGGUGUCACGCAAGGCAGCCCGCAAUGCCAGCUAUGCCAGCUCCGAGGAGAGCUCGCUGUGCCCACUAUACUCGUGCCCGUCGUGCCCGUACAUGUCUCCUAGACGCGACAAGCUAGACAAGCACAUAAUGAAGCAUGUGCUGCAGGAGGGCUUCCAUCCGUGCGGCAAGAAGCGCCACAAGCCCGAGGCCCCCCCGCAGAGGCACCGGCACAACGCCGAGGAGUAUCGGUGUCCCUUUUGCCCGUACACGUGCACUGUGUACAAGGCGUACCGCAAGCACCAGAAAGCGCACAUGCUGGGUGCUGCCAAGCUGGCACCCGUCAAGCUGAGCUGCAAGAUCUGUGGCAAGGACCGUUCCACCGAGGCCGACAUGCAGAAGCACAUGAAAAAGCACCGCAGCGGGGAAAACUUUGUGUGCGACGUGUGUGGAUUUGCGAGCAUUCAGCUUAAGAAGAUCAUCCAGCACCGACGCAUGCACACGGGCGAGAAGCCACAUCUCUGCCCGCACUGCAGCUACAGGUCCGCCCGCAGGGACAACCUGCGUUCGCACGUGCGCCGCAUGCACAAAAAGGAGAACAUGUACAUCGACACGUUCAACCCCAAUGAGGAGGUGGUGUAUGAGUGAACAGCUGUGUUUAUUGGGCCACUCGGGAGGGCAGCUCCAGGAGGCCUGCCAUGCGCAGGGCCUCGAUGCCGCCGUGCAGGAGGCACACCCGCGCCUGGCCGCUGCGCACCAGUCCGUUGGCCGCCUGCAGGGAGCAGGCCUCGCUUGCAUGCCGCCACACACAAACCCUUUCUUUCCUGAGAUAAAGUGCUGCUGCUGAAUGGCCUCUGCAUUCCAACCUGCAUUGCUGGGGAUCUCUCUCAAAAAGGGAUUCCUUACCUCGGUGGGAAAAACUCGAGUAAAUAAAUGGGUUGACAGUU